ACUACCAUUGCUCCCUCACAAACACACUGACUGACACAAACAAACAGAGAUGGCGAAUAGGAUGAGGAUAUUAAACCCUACGAUUCUUUCUCUACUGCUACUAUGUUCAAUCGUUUCAGCUAAAGUCUUCUUCGAAGAACGUUUUGAAGAUGGAUGGGAAAACAGGUGGGUUAAAUCUGACUGGAAGAAAGAUGAGAACAUGGCUGGGGAGUGGAAUUACACCUCCGGAAAAUGGAACGGUGAUGCCAAUGAUAAAGGUAUUCAGACAAGUGAAGACUACAGAUUUUAUGCCAUAUCUGCUGAGUACCCUGAAUUCAGCAACAAAGACAAAACAUUAGUUUUUCAGUUUUCUGUUAAGCAUGAGCAGAAACUUGAUUGUGGUGGUGGUUAUAUGAAAUUGCUCAGUGGUGAUGUUGACCAGACCAAAUUUGGCGGUGACACCCCAUACAGUAUCAUGUUUGGACCUGAUAUCUGUGGGUAUGCUACAAAGAAAGUUCACGCAAUCCUCACAUACAACGGGGAAAACAAAUUGAUCAAGAAAGAUGUUCCAUGUGAAACUGACCAGCUUUCGCAUGUAUAUACUUUCAUCCUUCGCCCUGAUGCUACCUACACUAUCCUCAUCGAUAAUGUAGAGAAACAAACAGGAAGCUUGUACUCUGACUGGGAUCUUCUCCCUGCAAAGCAGAUUAAGGACCCCGAAGCCAAAAAGCCUGAAGAUUGGGAUGACAAGGAGUUCAUUCCUGACCCUGAAGACAAGAAACCUGAGGGUUAUGAUGACAUUCCAAAGGAAAUCCCAGACCCAGAAGCCAAAAAGCCUGAAGAUUGGGAUGAUGAGGAAGAUGGUGAGUGGACGGUUCCAACUAUUCCAAACCCCGAGUACAAGGGUCCUUGGAAGGCGAAGAAAAUCAAGAACCCAAACUACCAAGGGAAAUGGAAGGCACCUAUGAUUGAUAACCCAGAUUUUAAGGAUGACCCUGAACUUUAUGUUUUUCCCAAGUUGAAGUAUGUUGGCAUUGAGCUAUGGCAGGUAAAAUCUGGAACUUUGUUUGACAAUGUCUUGAUAUGUGAUGAUCCUGAAUAUGCCAAACAAAUGGCAGAAGAAACAUGGGGCAAACAAAAAGAUGCUGAAAAGGCAGCAUUUGAAGAGCUAGAAAAGAAGGAGGAAGAGGAAUCAAAGGAUGACCCGACUGAAUCUGAUGCUGAGAAUGAUGAUGCCGAAGCAGAAGAUGAGGAUGAGUCCGAUGAAAGUGAUGUCAAGGAUGAGCUAUAGAGGGAAGAUAACUUGAAUCCUGAGCUAUCGAGCAAUUAGCAUUUUUCAAGACUUUGUUUGCUUUAGUGACAGUUUUAGGCCUUUUUUAUAAUAGGAUAUGAAACAAUUGGGAAAUGUAAUGCAGAUUUUCUGCCCUUGAUUUGAAUUGCUUUGAGAAAUUUAACCGUCGGAUUAUUAAUAGAAUGGAGCAGAAUUUGUGUGCUGAUUA